AUGCCGCCUACUCCCCCUUCUAAUUACGUCUGCGAUACCAUUCCCGCUGCUCGUCUGGCAACCUCUUCCGACCAACAGCUCGGCCCUGACGAGCAUGCACAGACACCAACCAUGGACUUUGAGCCAGCAGCUGUUCUCGACGAUGCAGUCUCCUUCGCAGCAAGUCCGAAAUCCGAUCCAGAGCCAGAGGGAGAGACCUUUUCGCCACCGCCCCAGCAACCACCGCCCCGGAAGCUCUGUGUCCGCCAUCAGAGGAUGGCAGACGAGGGAACGAAUCUGAAGCUUCAGCAGGCCCUCGACGCCCUACCGUUAGAAGAGCGCGAAGCAGUCAGCGCGGUCUGGUCCAACUUCUCGUCUUCAUCCCACCCCCGGCGCGCACUCAUCCUCCAGGGCCUCCUCACGAUGUGCUGCUUCUCCCAGCUCUCCCUCCUUACCGAGCAGCUCGCCCACCUCAUCCGAAUCGACCCCUUCGCCGUCCUGCCCAAGGAAGUGUGCUUCAAGAUCCUCGGGUACCUCGAUGCGACCUCCCUGUGUCGCGCCGCGCAGGUCACGAAACGGUGGAAGGCCCUGGCAGACGAUAACAUUCUCUGGAGGGGGAUCUGCGAGCAACACAUAGGGCAGAAGUGCCACAAGUGCGGGUGGGGGCUGCCGGUGUUGGAGAAGAAGAGGAUGUAUCGGCCGAGGUCGCGGUCUCCGCCGCUGUGUCCGGCAUCGACGUCUGCAGCACCGACACCACCGCCAUCAGCGACCCUUGCGCCUUCGCGAAAGAGAAGCGCAGAGGAGUCUUCCCAUCUUCUAUCGCCGCCCCUCAAACGCCAGCGAUCCGAGCCGGACGCCCUCUCGAACGGACAAGUCCCAUCAUCAUCGUUGUCCGAUACCUCAUCUUCAUGUACACUCGUCGUUCCUGAUCCAGCGUUAUCUAUCCCGCCAUCUGUUACGCGACCCUGGAAGGAUGUGUACAGCGAGCGAAUGACGGUUGAGCGCAACUGGCGGCGCGGCCGGUGUACGGUCCGCACCUUGGCGGGUCACACAGACGGUGUAAUGUGCCUGCAGUUCAGCGAGACGCUCUCACAUCCUGCUUUCCCGGUGCUCAUCACCGGAUCGUACGACCGGACUGUGAGAGUGUGGAAUUUGGAGACGGGCGCCGAGCUGCACUGUCUCAAGGGCCAUACGCGUGCGGUCCGGGCGCUGCAAUUCGAUGAGGUGAAGCUCAUCACGGGCAGCAUGGAUAAUACGUUGAAGGUGUGGGACUGGCGCCGGGGCAAAUGCAUCAAGACAUUGAACGGCCACACGGAAGGCGUCGUGUGCUUGAACUUUGACUCGAAUAUCCUUGCGAGCGGGAGCGUCGACUCGACCAUAAAGGUGUGGAACCUACGCACCGGUGGCGCAUUCACCUUGCGUGGGCACUCCGACUGGGUCAACGCGGUGCAGAUCUGGGACUCGAAUGCCGGCGCGCGCUCUUCGUCCUCAUCCGGGGAUGCAUCCAUAUUCGACGUCUCCGGAUCGACCUCGCCAAUCAACAAUGCCACUCCGAACCUCCAGGCGACCGCCGCGGCUUCGUCGCAAAUUGACCCCGGCAAGAUGUUGUUCUCUGCUUCGGAUGACGGCACGAUCAAGCUCUGGGACCUGAACCUCCGUACGUGUGUUCGCCAAUUUACCGGCCACGUCGGCCAGGUUCAGAGCAUGAAGCUGCUCAUGGUGGGCGAGUGCGACGACGAGGAUCCUUCAGAGGAGGAAGAGGAAGAGGAUGUCAAGCAGGAAGUGUGUCCUCGAACGGGCACCGCUAAAAAUGCGCCCGUGCAGAAGAACCAGAACCUGCUAGUUCCCAAACGCACGAAACCUGUCCUUAUUUCGGGCAGCCUAGACAACACCAUCAAGUUGUGGGAUAUCGAGACUGGCAAGGCUACCCGCACCUACUUUGGCCACAUCGAAGGCGUAUGGGGUGUCGCUUGCGAUAAACUGCGACUCGUGAGUGCCAGCCACGAUCGGACUAUUAAGGUCUGGUCAAGAGAGGAAGGAAGCUGCACUUCCACUCUUGUUGGGCACCAAGCGGCUGUCAGUUGCAUCGCUCUCGGAGAAGAUAAGAUCAUAUCCGGAAGCGAUGAUUGGACAGUGAAAGUUUGGAGCUUCAGCGGUUAA